AUGAGUUUCAGUUCAGCUAGUGCUGGAGCACAGAACCAGCUUUGUGGCAUGGGUGGGAUCUCUUCAGAUUUUAUAUCUCAACUGAUAGGAAAGUCCUAUUGUUCUGUCCUUCGCCAGAAAAUUGAAGAGAUUAAUGCUGAUGAUGAUUCAGAUGAAGAUGGAAAGGACAAUGUGCACAAAGUUGAGGAUUGUAUACAAGGAUGGAAUUAG